UCGCUCCGAAGAUGCUGCCGGGAAAAGCGGAAAAGCGAAUUGCUUCGUCCGUCUACAUCACCCUGCUGCCACCGCGGAGGGAACCGGCCGGCGCGCGGCAAAUACAGCCCCAGGUGUGCCCGGCUCCUUCUGAGGCUCCGAAAUCUCCGGGCACCCGCCGGGCCUGGAUUCAUCCAGAGGGCGAUGCGCUGGACGCUGGCCAGCCGGCCCCACGCACUCCGGGCUUGUCCAACGGAGGUUUCUCUGGCCCCGACCCGGCUGCCCGGUGCCCUUCGUCGCCGCCGUUCCCACUCCUCUCUGAAGCACCGCAGCCACCGCAGCAUGACGUGAACGGGCAUCCAGAAAGGGACUUUUCCGGAGACGUCUGCGCCUUCUGCCACAAACCUGUGGGCCCCGGGGACCCCACCGUGGAGGCGAUGGGCAAGCAGUACCACCCCGGCUGCUUCACCUGCAGGACGUGCCAGCGGCUCCUGGCGGGCCGGCGCUACUACCGAAAAGAGGGGCGCCCCAUCUGCGACGCCUGCUACCAGGCAGCGCUGGAGAAGUGCGCCAGGUGCCAGGCGCCCGUCGUCGAGAGCAUCGUGCGCGCCCUGGGCAAGGGCUACCACCCGGGCUGCUUUGCCUGCACCGCCUGCGGCCGGGCGCUGGGCGACGUGAGCUUCGCAGCAGGCGAGCGCGAUGAGGUUUACUGCGUGGAUGACUUCUACAGGAGAUAUGCCUCCAUCUGUGGCGCCUGCCGGCAGCCCAUCAUCCCCCACGAGGGCAGAGACACCUACAAGAUUGAGUGCUUGGGGCGCAGCUUCCAUGAGAGCUGCUACUGCUGCGAGCGCUGCCGGAUCCCGCUGUCGCCGGAGCCGACGGAGAACGGCUGCUACCCGCUGGGCAACCAGCUGCUCUGCAAAUCCUGCCACGUUGCCCAGCGGGACAAGUCGUCCUGCUGAAGCCGGCAGCCGGCACCGCUCCAUUCCCGGCACCCGGGCGGCAGGACCGUGCGCGAAAAGCGGCCGGGGAGCCGCUUCCCUUCCCAACCAUCGGCUCGUCGUAUCCGCAACUAGCUGGAGGACGGGUGUUUUCAUCUCCCCAAUCCACUCCUCCUGCGCGGCAGCCCUCCGCGCUGGGGCUGGCCAGGUGGAGACGCGCGGGCUCAGCGUCCUGGCGAGGCUCUGCCCUCCGUCCGCCUGCUCAUUAUAAAUAUAAAAAACCCUGCAACGCACUGGUGAUGGACAGGCUGAGGGUUUUUGUUUUGCUUUCUUUACCCCUUUUCCAAGGCUGCUCUUGUUUCUUCAGGCGUUUUUCUUUUUUUUUCCCCCCCCCCCCACAUAUUCUUGGGGGUUUUGUUUAAACAUCGGGUUUCUCUCUGCACUGACACGGAGAAGCACCGAUUUGUUUGGCGAGUAGUUAAAUAAAACCUCGAGCUAAAAA